AUGGCAGUGGGCUUAGCUACCUUAUUACCAUCGAGGGGAGAAUUGCCUCAUCCGCGCAUCCUUGUGGAACUCCCUGAGCCCAAGGCUUCGACAGCCGACGCGAUCUCUCGACAGACCCACGUACCGCCGGAACAAGCGAGGAUGGCCCUUGGAACAAUGCGCCAGCCCCGAGACUUUGCCAGCAACGCAAAGCAGUUGUGGCUGCAGGUCUCGGGCGCGUUGCUGGUGAUAGCGGGCCGCCCGAUCACUUGCCCAGGGAUGCUGGAAAGAGCGCUCACGGAAGUGUAUGUCCUGGGCAUGAAUGGCUACACAGACCUCUCACCGCAAGGUGUCCGAAACGAGGCUGACGUUGACCCAGAAAUCACGCAAGGUGACGAAGACGGUGGAUGGGCUUGGGACAUUGAGGAGGAGGAGGGGGAGGUGCUUCACGACAUUUUCAAGAGGUCCGAAUUUUUUAUCGGUCAAGUGGGUCCAAACAAAGGAAGAAUGCAACAAAUGGCAUGGGUGGAAAGCAAUCCAAGCUGGAAUCGAGGUUUUGAAACUCUGACCGCACCGCUGAUAGGACGAAACGAUGGGUUGACAAAAAUCAGACUCAACAACAAACUGCUUCUGUAUCGGCGUCGCGUCUGGAGCACCUCAAAGCUGGUAUGA